GAUUUCUAUCUGUAGUUCAGUAGUCGUGAUUACCCUUGGAUUUUCACCUCCAUAAAAAUGUGAUGUUUUUUUAGUUGCACGCAUUCUUUAAGACUCAUUGCUACCAUGAACACCAAGUCAUCAGUGUCUCUGCUCCAGCUCUCAUGGACAGGCUUCAGACUUUGUGCGUUCCCUCGUCCUGGUCCCAGAGCACUGGACUUAACCAUAGCCUCCACUCUUCUGCCACACAGCUCAGCCUGCAGACGCUCUUUGUCUAGCAACCUUAAAGCACGCUCCUACUUUAAAUACAUGAAACGCAAAAUCAUCUCCCCUCCGAGUCCUCCGUACAGCCAUGCGUGCCAGGUAGGGGAUCCGAUUCUGCGAUCACAAGCAGCUCCUGUUGAUCCAGGAGCUGUAAUGACCCCUGAGAUCCAACAAGUCAUGAGCAGCAUGAGGAAAGUAAUGAGGAAGCUUGAUUGCAUGGGACUGAGUGCGCCACAGAUUGGGGUGCCGCUCCGCAUCCUGAUGCUUGAAUAUCCGGUGAAGAUGUUUGAGGAGAUUUUACCUGCAGUCAGGGAGGCCCAGGGACUCUCUGUUCAGCCUCUGAGGAUUUUCGUGAAUCCUGAGCUGAAGGUGCUUGACAGUCAGAUGGUGCUUUUUCAGGAGGCCUGUCUGAGCAUAUCGGGCUUUUCUGCCACAGUUCCACGCUACCAGAGUGUGGAAGUAUCUGGUCUAAAUGAAAAAGGUGAAGCUGUUAAGUGGCAGGCCAGCGGCUGGACAGCUCGGAUCCUCCAACAUGAGAUGGACCACCUGAACGGCAUUCUCUACAUUGACCGCAUGGACAGCAAAACUUUUAUUAAUAUCCACUGGCAGGAGCAUAACGAAUAGAAAACUCCUUCGCAGUCACAACCAAACUUAAAUAUAAAUAGAGACGUUUAAAAAAAAAAUGCUGCUGCACAACUUAAUAUCACUGUGUGGAAGAAAGCUUUUACAAUAUUGGUUUUGUGAAUUGUUUUUGAUUCUGAACUAAAGAAGUUCAUAGCUCCAAAUAGAAAACCGUCCCUGCAGUGGUGUUGUCGUCGUCUUGGGACAAAUGCAUCAACGAUUAGAAAAUAUUGUUUCAAUGUAGAAGCAAAGGUGGAAACGUUAUGUGGACCUAGAUAAGUGAAUCAUAAAAUGUGGUGGUGUCAGGAUCCAACACAUUUGGCAUGGGUACAACUGUUGAAGCAUACUCUAUGUACAUUUACUUACAUGGUCUAAAAUGUGAGUUCUCUUCCUUUUGCAAUUGUUUAUGCUCCACUCUAUUGCUUUUUUCUAUUUCAUUAAGAAAGUAACAUUUACAGCAAUCGGGCACCGUUUAUAGUAAUGUUCAAGAUUAUCAGGAUAAAAUCAAAUCCUGGAAGUUCAUACAAUAACGAGUCUAAUAAGUGUUAUGGAGUUGACACUAGACUGUUUCUUGGUUUUUUUUUUUCAAAGCUUACACUUUGGGACUGUUUCUGUGUAUUGGUAAUAAAUUGUUCA